GAGCUGAGCCUGUUGGUUAUCGUCAUUGACACCAACCCUAUCUGGUGGGGAAAGAAGGCGCUAGGAGAAGCUGAGCAGUUCACCCUGUCAAAAUGCAUUGAUGCAGCAGUGGUACUGGGAAAUUCGCACUUAUUUAUGAAUCGCACCAACAGACUUGCUGUCAUAGCAAGUCACACGCAAGAAAGCCGUUUCUUGUACCCUGGGAAGCGUUGGGCUUUUGCAGAUCUCUUUGGAGAUGGUGGUAGUUCCAUGGAAUCUAAUUGCUCUGGCAGCAAGGAUGGAAAAUACGAAUUGUUAACAGCGAUAAAUGAUGCAAUUGCAGAAGAGAUUAAAGACCUCAUGACAAAAACUGACAUGAGGGGCCAGCAAACAGAAACUCUGUUAGCAGGAUCACUUGCUAAAGCACUUUGUUAUAUCAACAAGAUGAGCAAAGAGGUAAAAGCCAAUCAAGAAAUGAAAUCAAGGAUUUUGGUCAUAAAAGCAGCAGAAGACAGUGCAUUGCAAUAUAUGAAUUUCAUGAAUGUGAUCUUUGCAGCACAGAAGCAGAGUAUUUUGAUUGAUGCCUGUGUCUUGGACUCUGAUUCAGGUCUUCUACAACAGGCUUGUGACAUUACGGGUGGCAUAUAUUUGAAAGUGCCGCACAUGCCUUCCCUUCUGCAGUAUUUGUUGUGGGUAUUUCUCCCUGAUCAAGAGCAAAGAUCACAGCUUGUCCUUCCACCUCCUAUUCAUGUUGACUACAGAGCUGCAUGCUUCUGUCAUCGAAAUCUUAUUGAAAUUGGUUACGUGUGCUCUGUGUGCUUGUCAAUAUUCUGCAACUUCAGUCCUAUUUGUAGUACAUGCGAGACUGCUUUCAAAAUAUCAUUGCCACCUGUCAUGAAAGCUAAGAAGAAGAAAUUAAAGUUAGCUGUGUAACAACAUUAUGUAAAUACAUCAUUACCUUCUUCAGUAAUUCCAUGAAAUGGAAUAUAUGUGAGAAAUUGAUGGCACUUUUUAUUGGAGAUGAAAGAGAACUGUUACAGUGUUACUACUUGUUUCUUAAGGGAUAAAUAUUUAAAUUGUAUGUUUUCUACACAGCCCUUUAAGUAACAGACCACUGUAUUACCAUGUAACCUGUGCUGUUUUAAAUACUAAUUCUUAAUUCCAGAAGUUACAGCCUGUGAAGAGACAGACCUUGUGAAGUAGAAGGUAUUCUGGCCACUGCAAAGUUUCACAUCUCCAGGUUAUUUUCAAAGACAAGAAAGCUCUGAUUCUUUUUGUAUGUUGGUGUAAAGGUAAGAAUGACCAUUUCUGGUGUGUAGGAUCAGAACCUUAGCACGAUGUUAUUCAGGGACUUCAACUUCUUGCUAGCUUUUGCUAGCAAUUUUUUGACUGAAACAGCAUCAAUUUCAAAAUAAAUGAGCCAACACUUUCAAGAUGGCUUAGAACCCACCUUUUUUUUUUUUUUUAAGAUGCUAAUUCCCCUGCCUGUGCACUUAUGCAUAUUCAUAUUCCUUUGACGGUACUGUCUUUGUGGUAUUUCUUUCUCAAUUGGAUAUCUCUUCAUUCAUCAAUAAAAAGGCCCCCCUUUGUUUAAAAUAACUUCAAUAAAUGCAAACUAUCUGGUUAGUCUUUAAGGUUGUACUUUGAAACUGGAAAACAAAAAAUAUAAUUCUAUGUAAUAUGACAGCAGGCACACUUUUUGAGUAUGUAGUUUUAUGUCUGGCAUUUGACAAGUAAGAAGGAAGGCUUGCGUUGGUGGUUUUUAUGUCAGAACAUGAGGGUAUGCUGUGUACUUCUGAACAUGGCUUUGGUUUAAACAAACUAAAAAACAAUCUCCCACUUUUAAAAGGUAACUGUAUAAUUUGGUGUUUUUACCUGUUGCUAGUAACUGAUGUUCUCCUGAAAAGAAUACAGAGAGUAAUUGUUUCCUGCAUAGAAAAAGACAAUUUUUUUUUUCCAAGGCGUAGACAGGAAUUUAUGUCGCGUCUUAAUACUCGCAUCAGGUUUUUGUCAAUGUACCUGUUGUAGUGCCAGUCUCUUACUGGCUUGUUUGAUUGCCAAAAGCCAUUUUGUUUGAAGGCUGUAUUUAUAAUUUACUUUGUACAAAACGUUUGUAAUAAAACCUUUUUCAAAUGUGUUUAGAUAUUACUAUAAUAAC